AUGGGUGGCGAGCCCAGCAAAGAGGUUGAGGGGAGGUUGGCACGCCAAGAGGAGAAGCUCAAGCAGGAUUUCGAGCUUUCGAAGGAAGCUUUGAGGGAGCUGGACCAGCUAACUCGGGUCCCGCACCUUCUCCUUGAAAUCAGAUCCAUGGGCUUUGUAGAGAUCCAGGGCAAAGAUACUGGAGGCAUCUACCAACGCCUGGACCAGUGGCUGAAAGAGCACUGGAAAAUGCAGGACAAGCAGGAAGACCUGAUCGAAGUUUGCAAAGAGGAAGAAAAUUGUGGGUGCUGUGGCUAUAGCACCACCCUCAAGGUUUGCAAGAUGGAGGAGCACCACCGCUUGUGUGACAAGAGCUACACAAUGGGUCCGAUACAACCGGAUGGCAUCCCAGCAAACCCCCACAAGAUCUACAAAGACCGGUCCAGUGUAAUUGAUGGGGAGAACAACAUGGGCAAGCUGACGAUGCAGCUAGCACAUUUCAUAACUCGGGAGUGUGGGUGGACACUUCAGGUUUGUGAUGCAGCGAAUCUGGGGCGAUGGGGGGACAUCCGAGAGCAGCAGAUGAAGUUUAAGGCCCCUCACCCCCUGAGCAUGAUCGCCCCGUUGGUGAUGGUUGAGUUGCGUUUCGGGUUCCCGGACCCUUUCGGUGUCCGUGACACAAAGAGCUACAUCCACGUGAAUGGUGUAGACAGCGAUGGCAUCUUCGAGAAGUUGCGCAGCUUCUUCCAAACAUGGGAGGCCAAGGAGGAGGAUGCUGAUCCAGGUUACUGCGACAUGAAGUUCGAAACCUUUGCCUUGAAAGAGCGAGGCGUGCAGGGAGAGAACAACAUGGGGCAGAAAUCCAUGGAAGUUGUUGCUUUCAUGGUGAAGAAGUGUCAGUGGUCGCUGGUGUCCCGCAGCAACGGCAACUACGGGGAGGGUGGUGGCAUGCGAGAGCAGCAGCUGGUGUUCCGCAAAGACGAGUUUAUCCAGCACGGGUCAGAUCACGUCAUGAUCGAGUUUCGGACGCUUGGCUACGUCGAGAUCACCGGCCUGAAGGAUGCAGAAGACCUGAAGCCGCACCUGGCUGAGCACUUCGAGAAGCAAGAGUGCCAUAAAUACAGCGAUUAUCCUAAUGAGAAAUUCUGCGACCUGAAAUACAAGGUCCCUUCAGGUUGGUUCUACCUCGAAGGCUUCACAACCAACCUGGGAAAACGGACGAUGGACUUAGCUGAUUUCCUGGCAUCUCAUGGUUGGGCCUUGGCACUCUCCAACGGAAGCAACCUGAGUGUAAACAUCAAGGAGCAUCAAGUGACCUUCACCCGCAACCCUGAGAAGGCAUCGGCACCUUUGUUGAUGAUCGAGUUGCGCACCAUUCCCUUGUCCCACUCUCCUCCGAAGUGGCACAGUGCAUGUCAGAUCAUUGGGCCCGAUACCAAUGGAGUCUAUGGGCACUUGGACCGCUUCAUCCGGAAGUACAUGGGAGGACGUGAGGACAGACAGGGCGGGAGCUACUGCGAUAAGUUCUACACGUGCCAUGCCUUUCGCCUGAAGCCCGCCAGUGCGGAGGAGCUUUCGAUGGGAAGGAUGAAUGGAGAGAGCGACCUCGGGAGGUGGACCAUGCGCCUCUGUGACUUCCUGGUGGAUCAUGUAGGCGAGUGGGACCUGGUCACCUGCAACAGCGACAACGCGGAGGAGUAUGGAAUCAACACCACCUCCCGGGAGAUGCAGAUGAUCUUUCGACACCGCCCAGGCGGUCGACAGGUCUUCAUGUCGGUGGCCCAGGUAGCGCCCCGGGGAAGGCCGCCGUUGGAGCCUCCGCCCUACUGGAGUGAAGGGUGCCUGUCAGGGGAGGUUGGCCACAAGCUCAUCCCAGGCACCCCCGAGGAGCUGCAAUGGAUGCAGGAAAUCCUGGAUAAGACCUUCAAGAACAAGGUGACGCGUGAUCGCAAAGAUGGGCAUGCGUUGGCAGAUCGCUUUGUGGCGGUCCAGUGCAUCCGCAGCGAGCAUCCUGCGAUUUGGGAUCGCUUCGUAGGCCGUCGACAGCUGUUGUCUCAAGCCGGAGGAUCGGAAGACUGCAGCCUCCCCAAGACCGUGGCGGCCAGCCGAGGUCUGGCUGAGAGGUGCCUGGAUGUCUCGGGAGCCAAUCCUUCAAACGAAGCUUACUUGCUCCAUGGGACCAACCCAACCUCGGCUGUGGCCAUCUUGAGCAACUCCUUCACCGUAGAUUUUGCUGGGAAGAGCGCUGGCACCAUGUUUGGUCCUGGCAUCUACCUGGCCGAGAGCUCGACGAAGGCGGACGAGUACGCCCAGGACGAUGCCACUGACGACUAUGCUGGGCUCUAUGCUGUCCUUGUCUGCAGGGCUCUUCUCGGGAAGCCCUACGUGACCGAAGAGCCCGGUGAUUUUCGAGAGCAGGUUCUCAGCGGAAACUUUGGCCACGUCCUUGGCGACCGCGAGAAGGCCGUGGGCACCUUCCGGGAGUUUAUCUUCUUCCACGAAGCCGCUGUCUACCCGGAGUAUGCCGUUUUCUACCGGAGGGAGAAGGAUGGCCGGGUCCUUCCGAAGCCGCAAAGUGAGAUGGCGCCUCGCCCCACGGAAAUGGAAGGAUGGGAUGGGAGCAUCUGA